CGGAAGUGGUUUAUUCCGCUGGUUGCCACAAUGCCGAGCGAACAGGCACAACAGAAUAUCAAAGUCGCUGUCCGAUGCCGGCCACUCAACAAGCAGGAGCAAGAAAAGGGGGCACUGAGUUGUGUCACUUGUUCCCGGGACAAAGUCACAGUAAAAGAUCGUUCGACAUCCAAAGUGUUCACAUUCGACCAUGUUUUCCACCCUUAUGUGAAUCAGAUCGAGGUGUAUAAUGCCAUGGUUAAGCCUGUCGUCGAGGAAAUACUGAUGGGCUAUAAUUGUACCAUAUUUGCUGUUCAGUCGUAUCCUAACAAAGAUGCUAUUGUAUGUAGAUAUGGCCAAACAGGCAGUGGGAAGACAUUCACAAUGACUGGUGAACGUUCGGAUAAACUACGCUACGCUUGGGAGAGCGAUCCUCUGGUUGGCAUUAUACCGCGAGCCUUGAGCCAUUUGUUUGAAACCCUCCAGCAGACUGGAGCAGACUUUUCCGUUCGAGUCUCGUUUCUCGAAGUCUACAACGAAGAACUUUUCGAUUUAUUGUCGGUCACGGAGGCUAACCGACUGACAAUAUACGACGAUGUCAAUAGAAAGGGAUCAGUGAUUGUAAAGGGACUGCGGGAAAUCGUAGUACUGGACAAGGACAAUGUACAUGCCGUCAUCGAGCGUGGGUUGGCCAGGCGCCAAACAGCAUCGACACUUUUAAAUGCCCAAUCAAGCCGUUCCCACUCUAUAUUCACUGUAACGGUUCACAUCAAAGAGAGCAACCCUAUCACGGGCGAAGAGUUGUUGCGGAUUGGAAAGUUACAUUUGGUCGAUCUUGCUGGGAGCGAAAGUAUCGGGCGGUCUGGGGCAGUGGAAAAACGCGCUCGCGAAGCCGGUUCGAUUAACCAAAGUUUGCUAACAUUGGGUCGGGUGAUUACUGCUUUGGUGGAUCGUACUCCUCACGUGCCUUACAGGGAAAGCAAACUCACACGUCUUUUACAGGACUCCUUGGGUGGGAAAACGAAGACGUCGAUCAUCGCCACAAUCAGCCCUAGCUCCCUGUGCCUGGAUGAAACUUUGUCCACGCUGGACUAUGCACAUCGGGCGAAAAACAUUGAAAAUCGUCCAGAGGUCAAUGUGCGUCUGAACAAGACAGAUCUUGUGAGGAGUUAUAAUGAAGAAUUGGAACGCUUACGCCGCGACCUAGAGGCCGCUCGCACCAAGACAGGUAUUUACGUGGAUAUGGAGAAUUAUCAAAACCUGCAAACGCAGAUCAAACAACAGCGUGAACGCAUAUGUGAAUUGGAAGAACGACGGGAAAUGCUAGAACACGACUUAGCUCAAAUUCAAGAAGAUUUUACGCUCACCCAGGCCGAACUGGCUGAGGCACGUGAACGUCAGGAACAAAUUGAAAACGAGUUGGUUGCUUGUCAAAAAGAUGUGGAAGAGAAACGUGUCCGCUUGUUGAAGCUCAAAUGUCGUCUGGAAGAGGAGGCGCAUAUUCGAGAGAAACACCAGGAAACGGAAAACGUCCUGCGUGGACAGGCAACCACCUUACUUCAGACUGCUCGUUCUGCCAUAUCUGAUGUCACCGGCCUUCAUGACAAAGUCCACCGGUUAGCCAGCCUGGAUGAGAAUAAUCGAGAACGUGUCUCAAAUAUUUCUACUAACUGGGCUGUGGAUCGGAUGACCGAACCGAUAUCCCAGGUCGCUGACCUUUCGAAAAAGUUUGAUUUGUUCUGUCAGAGUAUUCGCAAUGCACUAUCUGAUUUACGGACCAACAACGAGACGGUAGCAGUUCAGUUAUUAGACAAGCAAAAAAUACUGAAGCAGACAUUGGCCGCGUCCUUAGCCAAAGAAUGCAUCCAUGCUGCGGAACAAACUGAUUUGUUUGCCAGCGAACAACUGAACCUAUCCAAGGAGUGUCUUGAGACCACACUCAGGCCACAAGCAGAACGUAUUAGGACGCUUUACUCGACGCUUCAGAAUGAAAACCAGCAAAUGACGCAACUCAUCCAAAAUCACAAUACCGCACUACGUGCAUCCCACGCACAUCUGGACAAGCUAAUCGCGGACGUUGCACAGUUGGUGAAGAUGUGCAAUAUGUUUGCCGCCGCACAACAAGAACGCAACAGUGAGCUAGGCAAACUAUGGGACAAUCACUACAAAAAGCAGAAAGAACUCACAAAUACGAUUCGGUCGGCCCUGUCCAGCCUGGAGAAUGACCAGGAAACAACAUAUGACCACGUUGUCACUACUACUGCUGUUAUGCAAACUCAGCUGAAUGACUGGCAUCUAACCCACGUCCAGGAACUGAAUAAACUGGAGCAUAUGUUGUCCAGUUCUAACAAAGCUUCAGCUACUAGGCUUGAUACCUUUGAGUCAGACGGACACAAUCAGCUUGAGCAAUUAGAUCACACUUUGUCCUGUGUUAUGGCGGAACACGAGACGUUGCAAACAAAGGCGGAUACAUGUUUGGAACGUUUGUGCAAACAGGCAGUUGAUUUUUCCACAUACGGUCUUGGUGCAGAGCUGCGACAGAGGGCUCAACGCUGGAAAGACCCGGAUACGGAAUCACAAAACAGCCAGGUGGAACAUGCAUCCAUUCAACUGGACUCUCUUGUCCUCACUACCGCGAAGGAGGUGACUGAUUUGUCACAAGUCACCAGUGGCAAGGCGCUGAUAGUGGAGAACUUGAGCGGUGAUACAUCUUACCAAGCCUCGAUCGCAUUCAAGAAGCUGAAGGAAAAUUUGGAAGACGUUCCAGCAGACUUUGGUCACCAGCUAUCGGAGAAUCUUCAUCGGUACACACCUACUGGACAAACCCCACAACCGAAAGCAUUUACUUACCCCGAACAGCUGGCCCAAACCGCUCCGCAUGCGCAGCUUCGCCGGGCUUUUCGCGUUGUCCAGCAACAACAGGGGUUACAGGAGGCGUCGCUCACACCGCUACCUUUGGACAAAUCGCUUGAAGCUGUUUCAGAAUGCGCAGUCAGUCCAACGGAACUUCAACAGGAGAAAUGCGUUUUCCCAUGUGGUGAGGACUGCGUUAGUACCAGCGGAGUGGAGUCUGCAUCUACGUUCUCUGGAGUCCUAAAGGAACAGAACACUCCAAUACGUGGACGGAUUUUCCGCACACAGCCUAGCGACAAAACUCCGAUAUCACCGAAUCCUGCAAAUUCCCAACAGACGGCAACCUCAAAGGCUAUCAGCUCCGUUCCGUCCACCCCAGUUGUUCAAUGUCCAAAACCACGGCAAAGAACGAUUGUUCGCUCCCAGUCUUACCAGCUCUUCCAUAACGUACAUAUCUGUGACCUCUAUGGUUAUACUUGUGUGCUCAAACGUGCCGUUCACCAUAUUCAGAACUUCGGCGGUGAGGCUAAUUUAUCAUUGGACCGAAAACUAGCGGGGACAGUCAACUGUAACAAAGCACAAUGGAUGUUCAGUUCACAGUGCCACAGAUAA